AUGCCAUUUUCAGCGCGAGAAUAAAAUAACACGGAAGUGUUUCGCUCACCUCUGUGCUACAACGUCAACAGAAGAGGCCAAACUGUUUUGUUUUUCCACACACAAUAGAUACCAUUUUAACUUUCGCUUCCAGUUUAUAUCUGAUUUGUUAGACAUAAGCAAGUGCAUUUGGCAAAAGUUAUGCCUUUAUGGUUAUCAUGGAUCGCUACAACGAGGUGAAGCUGCUGCUGAAAACAUGGGAGCAGGGAUUUGUCAAGCAGCACCACAGGAAACCCAGCAAGGAGGACAUUGAUGAAGCCUCAGAGGAAACGAAGAAUCUAUAUAAAGAGUACCGCAGUUUGAAACAAGCCAAAGAGAACAGCAGCGGUAGCAGUGAUGCAACAAGUAAACCCAUUAAACCAACCCAGAAGGAGUCCGAAUGCUGGGGUUCCCAUUUAAAUCGCAGUGUGAGGCCAGCAUCUUUGCCGAGACUGACAGACAAAGACAGUCUGAAGGCCUCUGCGCAAUACUAUGGGCUCAAAUUCAAACACAACCUAGCAACAUUGACUCACAAGGAGAAAGCUGUCUCUUUGAAAAGAUCAGGUCGUGUGCCUCUGAACUCCUUAAAGGAUGAUAUACGGAAGACUAUCUUGGUCACCUCAUCGUCAAACGCAGAAUUCAGUCCCUUACCACCAAGAAAGAUGAAGCUUGGCCUUUCCAGCAAAGCCCAACCAGUGGAGUCUGAAGAUCCCUUUGAAGCAUUCAAACCUGUCGCUGGAUGUGCAAGAGAGUCGCUUAGUUCUGUUAAAGGAAGUGAUACCAGAAGGAUAUGUGCUAGUACCGAUGAAGAGGCUUCAUCUGUUAAGAUGUCACCAACCUCUACUGCAGGCAGUCUAGCAAACACAGGAGGAGAAGAAGACUCAGAAUAUCUUAAAGGGGCUUCACAUGGAGGCCUGGUAGAUGCAUGUGUUGGCAUAGCCGCCUCAAGAGGAUUCCCAGUAGGAAUAGUUUCUAAGGUUGCUGAUCAGAGGCCUUCACCUGCCAGCAGGCUGGGCUUUGUGGACAAGAAAUGGCUGGAGAGGUGUCAGGUGUUUAGAGAGAUGGAAGCUGAGGAGAGACCUGGAUCUGGCAACCAGGAGAGAGUUUUGCUGGUGGGAAAGAAGGACAAGGAAGAAGAUGUAGUUGGAAAAGAUUUUAUUCAAGAAAAAAAGACAGCAGUGAGAAAUGUUUUGACUUUGAAUGAGAGCGAAAUUGAAGCGGUACCUGCUCAACAAUGCACUGGAAAGCAAGGAAACACUGAGGGACACCUGACAACAUCUUUACCACCAGAAGAUCCUCCUACAUCCAGGGGUGCGAAGAAGAGCAGGAAGAGGCAGAGGGAGGUGGAGAUGACACAGGGAGAAGAAGGUGGGUCCAAAAAGAGAAGACGAAAUGCUAAAAAGAAUGAGAAGUGUGAUGGGGAGUUUGAAGAAGGAGAUGGGAAAAGAAGAACCAAGAGGAGCAAGAAAAAGGGAAAAGAUAAUGAUGAAGCAGAGGAAGACACUCAGGUGCCAAGGAGGUUGCCCCAGGAGAACCUGUUAGGAGAAAUAGAGGAAGAAUAUAGCGCCAAGAGAUCAUAUCGUGCACAGUCGGUCAGAGCCAGAGGCACGAAAGCUGCAGAAGGCAACUUUGUAAAGAUAAACCUGAAGAAGAAAUCUCAUGUUAAAGGUUAUGCUCUACGAGGGCUUGCCCUACGCAAACAAUUGUACAUGCAGAAGUUCCAGCUGAAAGGCGAACGUUUUGGCGGAGGAUACUUUGGCAGAGGCAGGAGAGGUGGCUUUAGAGGAGGCCACAGUCGCCUGAGUGACACUUGCUACAAGUGUGGCGGCACUGGACACUGGGCCAUUGACUGCAAGGGAGCAGCUCCUCUCCCGCCUGUUCCUGAUGACAAGCCUGUUGAGGAGGAGCCCUUUGAGCUCCCUACUUUGGAGGAGGUUGCCAGGGCAACAGGAACACUGCAACCCCAGCAGCCACAAGACGAAGAGCAGCAACAGCAGAACCUUGACAACAAAGACGAGGCUCUAUUGAACGUGAUUCGACCAGACUACGAGCGCCUGCCACCUCCGCAGCCUGUGGAGCCGCUUUAUGGCCUCACAGAUGAUGGCAAAGUUCAAGCAACACCAGACGAGGUCUUCGCUGCUCUUCAAGAACUCGGCUACGGCUCAUUCAGGGCGGGACAGGAGGAAGCCAUCAUGAGGAUCCUGUCAGGUCUCUCCACCCUAGUAGUGCUGUCAACAGGGAUGGGCAAGUCCUUGUGUUAUCAGCUCCCAGCGUACCUGUAUGCCAAGCGAUCCAAGUGUAUCACUUUGGUCAUCUCGCCUCUUGUCUCACUGAUGGACGACCAGCUCUCUGGCCUGCCCGCCAAACUGAAAGCCGUCUGCAUCCACUCCAACAUGACAAUGAAACAGAGAGAAGCUGCUGUAGAAAAGGUGAAGACGGGUCAGGUGUGUGUGCUACUGCUCUCCCCAGAGGCACUAGUAGGAGGAGGCCGCUCAAGUUCAGGGUGUCUUCCCACGGCUCAAGAGCUCCCCCCUGUGGCCUUUGCGUGUAUCGAUGAGGCACAUUGCGUGUCCGAGUGGUCGCACAACUUCAGGCCUUGCUACUUGAGGCUUUGUAAGGUGCUCAGGGAGCGUUUGGGCGUGCAGUGCCUGCUGGGACUCACUGCAACGGCUACGCUGUCCACCGCUCUGGAUAUAGCUCAACACCUGGACAUCAACGACCAGGACGGCAUUGCGGUGCGCUCUGCCGCCGUGCCCACCAAUCUACAUCUGUCUGUGUCCAUGGACCGAGAAAAGGAUCAUGCUCUUGUGUCUUUGCUAAAAGGUGAUCGUUUUGGUUGUCUGGACUCCAUCAUCGUCUACUGCACCAGAAGAGAGGAGACGACUCGUGUGGCUGCGCUGCUCAGGACCUGCCUGCAGGGGGUGCUGCUGAAAGAAAACAAACACAUCAACAGCCAAACACAAAGCAACCCGGUUGGGCAGAGGAAGAAAGAACUGGCAAGGAAAAAGAUCCGUAAGCCUCUCAAGUGGCAAGCUGAGUCAUACCACGCCGGCCUCUCCGCGUCGGAGCGACGUCGGGUUCAGAACAACUUCAUGUGCGGCGAGCUCAGAAUUGUGGUGGCCACGGUGGCGUUUGGCAUGGGCUUGGACAAGUCCGACGUGCGUGGUAUCGUUCACUACAACAUGCCCAAGAGCUUUGAGAGCUAUGUUCAAGAAAUUGGGAGAGCGGGGAGAGAUGGGGAACCGGCGCACUGUCACCUUUUUCUUGACCCUGAGGGUAUGGACCUCCACGAGCUGCGUCGUCACAUCUACUCAGACACAGUGGACUACUACACGGUAAAGAGGUUGGUCCAGAAGGUGUUCCCUGUGUGCAAAUGUAAACAAAUACACCAGAAACAACAGGAACUAACCAAGGAGGACGUUGAUGACGCAGAACUGCUGGAGAUGAUGGAGCUUUGUGAGCAGGAAAGCAGCCUUAACCCCUGUGCCCAGCAGGAAGUGGCCCAGUCCACAGACAGCAGUCAUCCAGGGAGGAAGAAAGAGGAAAAACCUGAUGAGCUGGAAGUACAAACCAAAGAGUGGCCCAGAGAACGAGUGUGUCACACUCAUGAGAGAGCAAUUCCCAUCCAGGAGACUGUGGAGGCUCUUGACAUCACAGAGGAGGGUAUCGAGACGCUGCUGUGCUACCUGGAGCUGCAUCCUCAGCGCUUUGUGGAGCUUCUCCACUCCACACUGUCAGUGUGCAAAGUUAGCUGCUCUGAUGGACCCAGGCAGCUCCAGAAAGUCACCAAAAUCUGUGCGCCUGUUGCUGUGGUCCUGGCGAGGAGGCGCAUGGCCGGAGAGCUCGUGGAGACGUGGGACCAGCUGGAGUUUGACGUGGUGGAGGUGGCUGACACGAUGGGGUGGCAGCUGCCUCUGGUCAAGCGGGGGCUCAGGCAGCUUCAGUGGAGCUUUGUUGGUGGACGGAGUGGCGUCCAUGUGGAGUUCUCCUCCCUGUCUUUCUACUUCCGUUCCUACGGCGACCUGAGCGACGACGAGCUUGACCGCGUUUGUCAAUUCCUGCACAAGCGCGUGCAGGAUCAGGAGCGGUCGCAGCUCUACCAGCUGAGCGCCUGCUUUAAGGCUUUCAAAAGUGUUGCCUUCCAAAAUGUGGUGUCCUGUGUGGAGGAUUUAGACGAGGCUCGCAGUCUCCAACUGAAAGACCUUCUCUCUGACUACUUUGACAAGAGACGGGACAGAGACCUCACCCAGCAUCCGUUAGACGUACAUGAGAGUCUGGAUCAGUACAAGAUCCUAGACUGGGAAAACCAGAUCAGGGCAGACAUAAGGAGCUUCCUCUCGACUAGAAGUGAUGAGAAGUUCUCAGGAAGAGCCAUCGCCAGAAUCCUGCAUGGUAUUGGAAGUCCAUGUUAUCCGGCUCAAACAUACGGCAGAGACCGACGCUAUUGGAGAAAGUACAUCCAGUUUGAUUUCAAUCAGCUCAUCAGGAUUGCCACUCAGGAGAUCAUCCAGUUUAAGUGAGCCACGCUAUUACAAAAAUAUGUAUAUUUAUCAAGUUGAAAAAAAGACCUUUUCACCUAUGACUGACUGAAUAAAAUAUAUA